UUUUUUUAUACCAAAAACAACUACAGCUUAAGUGAAUUUACAACAAAAAAUAACUAAUACAUCAUCACUACCAGUAAUCGCUGUCUACUACAAACGAAUAUUAGAAAAAAAAUAACAUUCUUAACUCAGUCAUAAAAACCAAAGUAAUAAGAAUAAAUAAAAAGUAAGAAGUUUUUAAAAAUAAUAUUUUACAUUUGUAUCGUAAAACAUUAAAUAAAAACAACAAGAAACAACAUGCAAAGUGUUUCGAAUGGUGGUAAUGCUGAAGCCGGUGGAGGUGGCAAUGGUGCUAGUGGUGCUGGUGGCAAACGACCAAAAAAGGGUAUUUUAAAAACUUCAAGCAGUUUUGAUCGUACUGGUGCAAGUUGCCGUAAAAGCGCUAAAUUCGAUGAACUUAAUGUAUUACAAACUUUUCAUCCAGCUGAUAAAGAUUAUGGUCAUAUGAAAAUUGAUGAACCUAAAACGCCAUACAGUUUAGCAGAACCAGAUCCACAACGUGAUCAAUUAGAUGCUGAAUUAUUAGCUGAAAAAUUACGAAUUGCUGCCAACACACAAACGCCUUCAUUCGAUGAUGAAGAAGAGUCUGAUGAAGAAUUUGAAGAGACACCAGAGGAAAAAGCACGACGCAUAGAAUUCGAACGUCGCCGCAAGGCUCACUACAAAGAAUUUGAAGCCGUUAAGCUGGCACGCAAACUAAUAGAAGAAGAACUAGCAGAUGACGAUGAUGAAGGUGAUGAAUCAAAUGAAACAGCUAAUAAAGAUAAAUCAAUAUCACAAGCAAACGAAACAACAGCUGAUACUGAUGCUCAGUCGCCAGAACGAAGCACACAAAGUUCAUCGAAUGUCCGACAAAUGGAUAUUGAUGGGGAGAAAAUUUAAAAUAAUUCAAAUAUCGUUUAAAAAUACGUGUAAAAUAAAAAUAGAAAGCAACACAUACACACACUGCAUAAGAAAUAAUAAACAUACAUAUUAAUUCAAAUUAACAUAAUUUGGUAACGUGAUCUUGAUUUUAAAACUAUAAUUAAUAAUCAAUUAAAUUAAAGAGAAAAAAAAAACAUAAUAAAUACAUAUGCUACAUAUAACAUUUAUCAUUCAGGUUAGUAACAUUGAUGUAGAGAGUAAUAGCUACUACAUAUUGAUAUAAACAUAAAUACAUAUUUAUUUUAAAUAUGUUUAAUAAUAUUACAAAAACAAAAAAGAAACAAACAAAAGAUCUAAAUAUAUACAAAAAACAAACCAUUAUUGUUUUUAGAAAUCAAAAUUAAUUUGCAUUUAUUCUAAGAAUACCACCUUACUUUAUUCACCUUGUUGUUUUAACUUCUCCUCCUCAAACCCCCCACAUACUAAAUGUUGUAAACUAAACUGUGUGUUUUUAAGCUCCAAGCUUUUGUCAAGCUUAUUGAUAAAUUAUUGAUAAUUUAAGUGCCACAUUAUCUCAAUGAAUUUCAUUUACAUACACAAAUUAUUAUAAAAUUAAUUCAAUAUUUUGUUAUUUUUUAUUUUUCCUAAGCAGUUUAAUUUAUUUUUAAUUUUUGAUUCGUUAUAUUUGAAAUCUGUUAUGCUUCCGAGCCACAUAACACCAAUUAAUAAAUAAAAUAAACGUAUUAUUAAUUAAUUAAUAAACUUUUAAUUAAAGAAAAUACAUAACGAAGUUAUAAAUAAUAUUUAAAUAUUUUUUUAAAAAAAAGCAACUAAAACUAAUUUUGACUGAUUUAUAUUUUUUUAAAUGUAAAAUUUAUUUGCCAAUUAAAUGGUGUUGAAAUGAGAAAAAGGAAAUUAAGCAUUAAUUCUAAUUGGAUUCAAAAGUUAAGUGAAUUAAAACUAAAUAAACAAGAAAUGAAAAAUAAACUGUGAAAAUAACGAGAGAUUUGCAUAAAUAAUUUAAGUUAAUCUAAAUAAAC